AAUCGCAGAGCCUUCGCCGUAGUAGGAUUACGAUCCGAAUGCCAAAUGGCGCAGUGCGCCUGAGCGAGAAAGAGAGGAAGUAGCGGCUGAAGCAGGUCCGCACCUUUUCCGGUAACACCGACAGCAGCAGUAGCAGCAGCACGACCGGGGCUGAAAGAAAGAGGGACCGGAGAGGAAAGAGGGGACAGAACCGACCCGGGGUGCGAGAGAGGGGGGCUGUUAUAUGAGGGACAGAAGAGGGGAAACUCGGGAUGAAUCGCUGACCUUUGGAGUUUUUUGGAACUGAACUGAUGAUCUGAAGUGUGUCGGAAGGGAAUGAGCGCGAGCGAGCGGCGACCCGACAGUCGGUACACAAGAAGGAAGUCAGAUAGGAGAGGCCUGUGACAGAUCUAUACUUUUUUAUGCAUUUUGAGGUCUAUGCACCCUACUGCAUUAGAGUAAUUCUUUUUUAAAAAAAAAAAAGCAAACAAAGUUUAGACUUGAUGCACGCAUUAUUUCUGUGACCGAACGCAAAGCUGCAGGACCAAAAACACACUUUCCUCCUCUUGCAACCAACAUACUAUAUGCACAGCCAACAAAAUGGGGAAGAUGCUUUCGAAGAUCUUUGGCAGCAAGGAGAUGAGAAUAUUGAUGCUUGGACUUGAUGCUGCCGGAAAGACGACAAUCCUUUACAAACUCAAACUGGGACAGUCGGUCACGACCAUCCCGACGGUGGGCUUCAACGUGGAAACCGUCACCUACAAGAACGUCAAGUUCAACGUCUGGGACGUCGGCGGUCAGGACAAGAUCCGGCCCCUGUGGCGGCACUAUUACACCGGCACCCAAGGACUCAUCUUCGUAGUGGACUGUGCGGAUCGAGAUCGGAUCGACGAGGCCAGACAGGAGCUGCAUCGCAUCAUCAACGACCGCGAGAUGCGGGACGCCAUCAUCCUGAUCUUCGCCAACAAGCAAGACCUGCCGGACGCCAUGAAACCGCACGAGAUCCAGGAGAAGCUCGGCCUGACCCGGAUCAGAGAUCGCAAUUGGUACGUUCAGCCGUCCUGCGCUACGACGGGCGACGGACUCUACGAAGGGCUCACCUGGCUCACGUCGAAUUACAAAUCCUAAUGCGGGCGAAGACUAGAAGCAAUUAACCAAUAACUAUUUUGAUUUCGUCUACUUUUCUUUCGUACGUCCAUUCUUUGCUUUCAGCACUCUGUAUAGUCCUUCUGUUACGUUUGAAUCUCCGUAAAGUAUUACUUUCAGAAGCUGUGGGAAGGGUUUUUUGUCUGAAGAUCCAGUUGUUAUAGUCCAAAAAUGGCAGCUUGUUUGUUUACCUCUGUGCCAUCGCGUAUAUCGAAUGUAUGGAGAAUAGCUGCAGUGCAGAGCAUUCAAAUAAACACACAAAACCAAGCAGAAAGAAUUUGUUUUCCAUGAAGAAACUGAGCGUUUGAUUACAUUUACAUGUUUAAAUCCAGGAGAUUUAUGGGUAAUGAAAACAACUUUAGCUUCUUGAGUGUUUCUGAACUAAUCCAUUAUAACCCGUGUUUGUCCAGGUUCUGGUACCGUAAACUGCACAAAUCACCCCAAGCCUCUUUUGUCUCCUGCUAAAUUAAUGCUUUGUUUUAUUAUUUUGACAUAUAUGAUAUGCUGAAGAAAUAAUAAAAUCUAUCUAUAUAUAUCUAUACAUA